UUCCUGGUUUAAAUAAUCACGAUAUAAGCUAUGUGUGUGUUUGUGUUUGUUUUGUAAUGUAGUUUUUUUUCGUUGUCCUCCCACUGUCCCCCAUGCUCGGUAGGGAUCUCUUUCUCUUCACAUUGCUGCCAAUCAGCCAAUCGAGUGCAGAUGAAGAUACCUUCUAGCUGGGACAGGGAUGUGUUGAUCUACUUCCUCGAUAACCUCGAUCUGCGAGCAUACACCACAAUGCCGAAGGUGCGCGAGCUUCGCGAUUACUUGUUCACAGCAUUUAAAGCGCUGGUGACCAGCGAAUGGAAUGCUCUGCAGCGUCAUGAUCGCGAGGAGAAGGAGAAACAGAUUCAGGAAAUGGCAGUCAGGUCACAUCGCAUUAUAGAGGAAAUCGAGCAAAUGCUAAACGAGACGGAAUCUGGUCGAAGGCAGAAUGAGAAUAUGUUUAGACAGCUCCAGGAAAUGCACAUGAAAAACAGGGCAGAUUUGGGCGAGUUGAACGAUUUUGAUCACACUGUGGUAGCCAGGUAUCGUCAGAGCAGAGCAAUGCAAAUGCGUGGCAGAGGACGCAGACGUCGUAGAACUGCGUCCCCACCCUCGGAGGAAGCAGAACAAAUUCGGCACUUCAUAGAUCUCUACAGAAACGGCCGUAACUUGAAUAGGGAGAACCAAGGAGCUGUACUCCCAUAUGAAUCCUCGUCAGAAGAUGAGGCAGCAGCACUUCCUUCCACUUUUGACGCGACGAGAUUUGCCCACUGGUUCAGUGAUAACUAUAUGCAGGAGCACAGGAUGGUGAUGGCGUUGAACUUUGGUUCAAUAAGACAGCUGAAAGAUCGAAUGCCACAACCACCACGAGAACUACGGAGACCAUGGGCUUGGCAGGAAUACGAACUGCCGGAUGUGGUAUCUGACGUGGGGGCAAAUAGAGCAGUUCAGCAAAUGGAGCAGCGGGUGCUGCAGGAACUGCGGGAACAGGAGCUGCAGGAACUGCAGGAACAGGAGCUGCAAGCAGAUGGGGACGGCGGCGGCUACUCGAGCACGCAGGCCAGCGGACUUCAGAUCAAUGUGGCGCGUGAGCAACAGUCGCAGAAGCAGGACACCCCCGAUGGAGCCUACUUCAGUCGCAACGUGUCGACGCACGACGAUGAUACAGGCGGUCCACGUGUGGCCGCAACAUCCACACCACUAACAAAUAGCAUCCACGACGGCUUGACAUUUAUUCCGAGAUCGUCGAGUCUGCUGCUCGAUGAGGAUAGAACUCCUCUUAUGAUGCCCGGAUCCGAGGGUGCACUCUCGUUGCCACCGGAGUUUUCAUUAGAGGCGGAGUUUCCGAUGCCAUCACAAAUGGUGGACAGCGGCAAAGGACAGUCGAUGGAGGUGGAUGACAGCGGUUCCACGAUGGUACGCUCUCGACUUGGAGCCACACCAUUUCGUCCGUUUCUGCCAGUGAUCGACGAGGAGCAGCAGGUGCAACAGCGUAACCUCACCAUGUUGCCGCGUGUGCUGGAGAUGUCGUUGGAUUCGCCAUUAGCAGCAGUAGAACGAGCAGCUGAAGGCACACCAGAAGCAGUGGCUGAAGGUACAGUGGAAGCGUUACCAGAAGGCGCGCCAGGAGCGGUAGCAGUGGCCUCGCCGACUUCUCCACGUGAAUGGAGUGCGGUGUUUCGAGCACGCGGACAAAUAACGAGGAACUACUAUGAAACGCCACCUCCACGACCACCAAAAAGGGCACGUCGAGCAAUUCCAGCAUCAGUGGAUAUAGAACGUCGAGCAGAUCCAGCAUCAGAGGACAUAGGACAUCGAGCAGAUCCAGCAUCAGAAGACAUAGGACAUCGAGCAGAUCCAGCAUCAGAAGACAUACGACAUCAAGAAAAUCCAGAGCACAUACAGGGUGAACUGCCGCGUGUCAAUACUGAGAUUACAAUGAGUUUUAUGGCCACUUUACUACAAGAGGCGACAGACGUGGUCGCACAUUCUCUAAAGAUGAUUACGGUGCCAGAAGUGCAGGAACAGCCCCAGCAAGUAGCGCCGCCACUACCGCCAGAUGAAGCACUGGUAGAUCCUUCGGUUCUUCCAGAAAUCUUAAAUGAAUCAUUGCCCAAUAUAUCAGUGAGCGCAGUACCGAAUAUAGAAAUAAUGGAUCCCCUUCCGGUGGUACAGGUGUUACAGCCCACAAUCCCCUCCUUAGCCGACUUAAGUGAGCACGCUGUCGUCACUGAUGUGCAAAUUCUGCCACCAUUAAAUCUGGACAGAGCCAAAGAACAGUCAAGAGGAUCAUCAGUAUGUCCAGCCAUAGAUCAAACGGGAGGAUCCGAAGAUCGGAGUGAAGAAAUAACAUUCGUGCAAGCGUCGUCUUUGCAGCAGAACGUGGCCACCGAGGAUAGUUUGCAACUCGUGGAAAACGUAGCUUUCCUACUCAAGCACAAGGACAAGAUCCGGCUGAUGUUCGAUCAUCAGAAGCAUCUCAGCGAUCAGCACCAGUACCCCGCAGAAGAGAGCAGCAGCAGUGGUACAGAGACAAAUAAUCGCUGCUUUCCCGCUGUGCAGACCUACGAUUCAGAUAUCAUUUUGAAUAUGCCACGGUCAAAGCUGCAGCUUGUCCAUGGUCUGUUGGAGGCGCUCAUCACGUUGCCACAGGUGGAUCUGCAGAAUGCAUCGUUCAUCAGGAACCGCCUAGAUGCGGCGAAUGCCUUUCGCUAUGUCCUGGACUUGAAGACGGCAGGCAUUGUGACGCUAUGCGACGAUGGGAGAUUCUUUUCGUUGAAUUAAUCGGUCUCAUUCAUUAUCAGUAUUUUUGAAUAUUUAUAUUUCAUAAAUAUAUAAUUCGUUUUUAAGUUUUAUACCACAUUUGACCACAAUUAAUUUAAUAAUUUAAUUGAAGAAUUUAUUUCAAUUUGAC